GGUGAGAAAACAACGAUGAAGACUGCCUACCUUGUGCUCAUUUUGGCCAUAAUGGUUUUAUCGGUGACAUCACGCUCAACUUAUAAACACCCUCAGCUUAAAUUGCCAGAAAAAGUCAGUGAUCAUGGGCGUCCUGUGCAUUAUUCUCAUCAACAUCUACGUGGCAGAGACAAACUGAUGCCGAAGAACGCUGCUGCCACUGGCAAGGCUGACGAACCGAAUUACCUUGACUAUCAGGAAAACGAUGAUGACAUAACUGAUGGCUCCGCCAGUGGCAUAACUGAUGGCUCUGCCAGUGGCAUAAGUGAUGGCUCUGCCAGUGGCAUAACUGAUGACUAUGCCAGUGACUCAACUGAUGGCUCUGCCAGUGGCAUAACUGAUGGCUCCGCCAGUGGCAUAGCUGAUGACUAUGAUAGUGACUCAACUGAUGGCUCUGCCAGUGGCAUAAUGGCAUAA